GUGACGUCAGUUCAGUGGGCGGGGCGUCGUCGCGAAUCAGGAACAAUCUCCAAGAGCCUAUGCUGGUAUCGGCUAAAGCCUCAGCCGAUGUACAGCGAUCGUAAACAUCGCGCCUUCACCUUCUUACACCUUUACACCCAAAAGAAAUGCAAACAUGGGCUCUACAAGUGAAAUGAAGGCAGUCGCGAUGCGUGUCUGGAGAAGACUGCCCGUACAUGUGUUUGUUUUGGCGAGUUCCCUCUGCCUGUGCCAGUGCGGAGCUGAAGAAGACAGCGCGAUGGAGAAUAUCGUGACAGAGAAGAAAGCUGAAGAAAGCCACAGACAGGACAGCGCCGACCUUCUCAUCUUCAUCAUGCUCCUCACCCUCACCAUCCUCACCAUAUGGCUGUUCAAGCACCGCCGCUUCAGGUUUCUGCACGAGACUGGACUGGCGAUGAUAUACGGGCUGCUUGUGGGUGUUGUCCUGCGUUAUGCUAUCCAUGUGCCCAGCGACAUAAACAAUGUUACGCUGAGCUGUCAUGUCAACGCCAGUCCAGCCACACUUCUGGUCAAUGUCAGUGGUAAGUUCUAUGAAUACACCCUGAAAGGAGAGAUUGGUGCCAAUAAAGUCAAUGACAUCCAGGACAACGAGAUGCUCCGCAAGGUGACCUUUGACCCUGAGGUCUUUUUCAAUAUUCUCUUGCCUCCCAUCAUUUUUCAUGCUGGCUACAGUUUAAAACGAAGACAUUUCUUCAGAAAUCUGGGCUCUAUUCUUGCCUAUGCGUUUGUGGGAACCGUUGUGUCGUGUUUCAUCAUUGGGGCGUUAAUGUAUGGUUGUGUGAUGCUGAUGAAGAAAAUUGGUCAUCUGCAAGACGACUUCUUCUUCACUGAUUGCCUUUUCUUUGGUGCAAUUGUCUCAGCCACUGAUCCAGUGACAGUUCUGGCCAUCUUCAAUGAGCUGCAGGUGGAUGCGGACCUGUACGCUCUGCUGUUUGGAGAAAGUGUUCUGAACGAUGCUGUCGCUGUCGUACUGUCCUCCAUGCUGCUUUAUUACGGGAGGCAAAGUGGGGCGGGGCAUCACAGCCCUGGAGGUGUGGCUUAUGCAGAGGGCGGGAACCAGACACAAAGACCGCCCCUCAAUGGGUCAAUUGUAGCAUAUCAGCCUACAGGAGACAACAGUCACACAUUUGAAGCAAUGGCCAUGCUCAAGUCCUUUGGCAUCUUUCUAGGGGUCUUCAGUGGUUCUUUUGCUCUUGGAGUGGCUACUGGAAUCGUGACUGCACUCGUUACUAAGUUCACUAAGCUUAGGGACUUUCCGUUGCUGGAGACGGCGCUUUUCUUUCUCAUGUCCUGGAGCACGUUUCUGCUGGCAGAGGCCUGUGGAUUUACAGGUGUGGUGGCUGUUCUGUUCUGUGGAAUGACACAGGCCCAUUACACCUUUAACAACCUCUCUCCUGAAUCCCAGGACAGGACAAAACAAUUAUUCGAGCUACUGAAUUUCCUGGCUGAGAACUUCAUAUUUUCCUACAUGGGCUUGACAUUGUUUACCUUCCAGAACCACGUCUUUAACCCGAUCUUCAUAGUGUGCGCAUUUCUGGCCGUGUUUCUGGGCAGAGCGGCGAACAUCUAUCCACUCUCUUUCCUGCUGAAUUUGGGCCGUAGAAACAAGAUCAGCUCCAACUUCCAGCACAUGAUGAUGUUCGCAGGUCUUCGUGGUGCCAUGACUUUUGCCCUGUCCAUCAGGGACACAGCUACAUAUGCACGGCAGAUGAUGUUUUCUACCACGCUGCUGGUGGUCUUCUUCACGGUUUGGAUCUGCGGUGGAGGCACAACUCAGAUGCUGUCCUGUCAGAAAAUCCGUGUUGGAGUGGACACAGAUCAUGAGAACUCUAUCGGCCCUGAUGGAGUUGAAAGGAGGAGCACUAAACAGGAAAGCGCCUGGCUGUUCAGGAUCUGGUACAACUUUGAUCACAAUUAUCUAAAGCCCAUUCUGACCCACAGCGGACCACCGCUCACUGCCACACUUCCAGCCUGCUGUAGUCCUCUGGCUCGCUGCCUGACCAGCCCACAGGCCUAUGAGAAUGAAGGCGAGCUGAAAAACGCAGACUCCGAUUUGAUCCUGAACGAUGGUGACAUCACUCUUACGUACGGUGACAUCGCUGUGAGCACGGAUGGCACAGGUGCCCACUCAAGCGGCGUCCUCAUGGGAGGAGCAGCGGUGAACUCGGACGAGGCCUUGGAUCGAGAGCUGGCGUUCGGCGACCACGAGCUGGUAAUCCGAGGAACCCGACUGGUCCUUCCAAUGGACGACUCGGAGCCCCCGCUAACUCUGGACUCCCACCGCCAACGGCACAGGAACGAAUUCAUGAGCUGAAUGGGUGACAAAAAAACGAGUCUCUUCUCUCUAUCAUCUCUCAUGCAGAGCAAUCUCUCCUGUCUCUGAAGUGGCUGGUUUGAUGUCUCUACCUCAUUCCUCACUCUUUUCUUUUACACUGAAUUCUCAAUUAUUUAUUCACCUCUCUUCUGCAGAUUUGUUUUGUUUCUCAUUCUUUUCGGCUAACCAGACCACUUGGCAUCUGACAGAUGGGAAGCAUGCUCUGGUUUCUCAUGAUGACAGAAUAAGCAUACUUCUAGUGUCUGUAUAGCAAGGCAGGAAAUUGCCAUGCAUGCAUACUUGUGUCCUCUCUUGACGUGCUUGUUUGGGAGAUCUGUGGCACAUUCCUGUGGGUCCGAUGCUUUUUACUGCCUUCUCUGUUCGUGAGUCUGACAGAGGUGUGAUGAACGGUGGCUCUGCGUUACAAUCAAGUGCCUGUCGAAUGUAAUUUCCCUCGCCCUUAGAGCAUAAUGACACUAUUUGCCGUCCACUAGAGGGAGGCCUUGUAUUUUCAUAGUUUGUAUGAACGUUGAGGGCGGAUGCCAGAGAUGGGGUUGGAGCUUAUAUUGUGACCUUUGACUGUGAAUCUAUGAAGGUUUUUAGGCCUUUUUUUGUCAUCGUGCUGCCCGGUUAGAAGAUCCAUUGAUAUAGUGUAAUUUCUGUUUGUUGCUGUUGUUGUUGAAGCAUUUUUCUAAAAGAAAACUAAUUGCGCAUAGCUUUAAGAUAUUAUUAUUAUUAUUAUUUUCUAUGUAGGAUGUUUCAGAUCGUCAUGUUUAACUACGAAUGUCUUGGAUUUUACACUAUGCGUUGGUAUUAAAAGAUUCGCCAAUAAAAAUAGCCCGUACUUUUUUGUAGAAGGGCAAUCUAUCGUUAUGCAUUCAGAAUCUAAAGGAAAAGAAAAUGCUAAUGAGACUUGCGCCUUUUUAUUUUUAAUUUUUGCAUGAUGUGUUUUGCGGAGAACAGCACAGCCCUCUAUGUUUUCUCCUAAAACUUUCUCUAACAAAUUGAAAACACUUCAAAUAUAUGUAGAUCAGUAUAGAGCGUCGCACCGGCACUCUUGUGACUUUUACGUUGGUUGUAAUAAUGCUAAUUGUAUACCUGUUCAGAUUAAUUUUAAAAGGGCUGAAUGAUUAAAAGAUAUUUUAUGUUCACAUCUAUAAAAUAAAACAUGAAAUAAGGCA